UGCAGUUCUUUACUUUAUCUACAACACAAAGUUUAACAGGGUCAUCAAAGUAUAUUUACGAACAACUUUCCAAAGGUAUUGAACAAAUACUUAAAGUGGAAAUGUGGUGAAGAGGCAGAGCAGAGGACCAAAUUGAGAGUUCUUUCUCAGCAUUAGCACAGAUAAAGGGCCAAAUGGCCUCCUUCUGAACACUGAGAUAACAAGGUGUAGAGCUGGAUGAACACAGCAGGCCAAGCAGCAUCAGAGGAGCAGGAAGGCUGACGUUUCGGGCCUAGACCCUUCUGAACACUAAUUGAUUUUAAGAUUUUCUAACACAGUAAAAACGCUGCACUCAGUUCUGGUCAGUGCACUGCAGGGCUAUUAUAUUGACCAUAAUAAGGGUACAGCACAGAUUCAGCAGAUGGUUCUUAGAUUGAAAAUGAUUAAAACGGCCAAACUGAGCAUGCAGUGCAGUGGUUAUGCCCCUACUUCUUGGCAUUUAAGCACCAAUUAGCCCAGAGACGUGUCAUAACAUCUCUGAACCAAAGGAGCCAUGAUGUGGAGAUGCCACGGUUGGAUUAGAGUGGACAAAGUCAGAAGUCUCACAACAGCAGGUUAUAAUCCAACAGGCUUAUUUAAUCACAAGCUUUUUGAGCACUGCUCCUUCAUCAGGUGAAGGAGCCUGAUGAGCGAGCAACGCUCCAAAAACAUUUGAUUUUAAAUCAACCUGUUGGACAAUAACCUGGUGUUGUGAGACUUCUGACUUUAUCUAAAAGGAGUUAGUCCAGAUAGUAAUGUAGAUUGUUUCUGAGUAAGAAAUGGUUCAGGCUUCACCGAAUUCAGGCAAUGAGCUGAUUUGAAGAAAUUAUUUUGCUUCUUGAACUUGACAGGACAGAGGGAAAAUCUUUAAAUUAGGUCAUUACCAUUUAAGGUGAUAUCAUAUGGCUCUGUCUCAUAUAAAGGAUAGUAGAAAUCUAGAACUCGGUCCCCAAAUGCUGUUGAGGCUGGGCUGAAUGGAAAAUUCCAAUGGAAAAUCUGAAUGACUGGGAACAUGGAACCAAAAUGGAGUUAAGACACAAAUCAGCUCGGAUCCAACUGAGCAAUGGUACAGGCUCGAGGGGCUGAGAGAGGUGAGAUUCAGAGACCAUGUCCAAAUCGGUUGAUGUUAAUGAUGACGGGUAAAGAUCCAUCUUGGUUUGUCUCCUUGUCAGUGACAAGUAAGAUCUUUGACAAACACUCAUAACUAUCGAGUAACACAAAGCGGAUCCAAAUUUGUCCAUUUGUCUCUCCACAAUCUUUGCUGAAGCUUUCCACAUGCUCACGCUAAGAUCUAAGUUUAAAAAAAAUUUAAAACAGAAUGGGAAACAGAGUUUAUCAUUAACUAAUAAAACUUAAAGAGAAUAAAGACCUGGUCAGGCUCUGUGGCACUGGUGCCUAUUGAAUGGAGUUUGGGAAAAGAGAGCAGAGGCAUGGUUACAUGUAACUCUUUAGAAAACAUCAUACUGCCACAGGACAGGGGCGCAGUUAAUAUGGUUCAUUUAUACAAGGGGAAAUAGAACAAGCCAAGAAAUUUAAAACCACUAACUCAAAGAGAUUGUAGGAAAGAGAAUGAAACAACAACGACUGACAUUGACAUGCACUUUUAAUUUGAUAAAACAUCCCAAAUUUCUUUCCAUUAGCUUGAAAACUAAAUUGAAGUCAAGUUCUCAAGUUUUGUCAGUACUCUCCCCUUUUUCUGGGAACUUCAUCUCAUUACAAUAAUAUGCAGAUCCUAAUUGUUGGGCUGGAUGAACACAGCAGGCCAGGCAGCAUCAGAGGAGCAGGAAAGCUGAUGUUUCGGGUCUAGAUCCUUCUUCCUAUUAUCUCCUAAUUGUUGGCAUUGAUGACAUUUAUUAAAUCGUACUUUCUGAAGUAGGCUUUGGGAAAAGUGACUGCCAAUUCCAGCUCUCACUCAGCACUCAAUGCCACAGCAUAAAUUCUUAGGUGCAGCACAUCAAAUAUUUUGAACAUAUUUGAAUAUCCUGUAUGUGAAUAUGUUCGAGAGCCUCCCGUUGGCUGUCAGCCACUGAUUAUUUGACAAUAACGUUGAUAUCAUUAAUGGUCAGGCCAAUCAGAUUUGAUUCAAUGGUUCCAUGCUCUUCACAGUUGACGAUAUAUAUUGGCAGCAGCAACAGAAACCCCAUCAUAUUUGAUAUCUGGGAAAGAGAGAGAUUUGAGGAGAGGAUCUUCACCUCAGGCAUGAAGCUGAUUGGAGUUUUGCUGCUGAGUGCAUUGCUUGUCAGUAAUGUGGCAGCUGAUCAUCUGACCGUGCAGAAUUUGACACAUAUGGAUCAGGACCUUGAGAAACGUGGUCUCACAGGCAAAGGGGAUUGUUUUGAUGGCAUCACUUAUUAUGGUUAUUGCUACAAGUUUGUUUCUGAGGAAAAGACUUGGAUUGAGGCUGAGUUGUAUUGCCAAACACUGGGUCCUGAGGGCCAUCUUGCUUCCAUUCACUGUGAGGCGCAGAAUCAAAUUAUUCGCAAGAGUUUACCUGUAAGGACUCCUCUUUGGAUUGGCUUGAAUGAUAUCUACAAGGAGGGGACUUACCUCUGGACAGAUGGAUCUUCGUCAAAUUUUGUGAACUGGGCCACGGGGCAACCUGAUAACUCUCGUGGUGCAGAAGACUGUGUGCAUUUAACUGCGACUACAUUUAAUUGGAACGAUCUGCCUUGCAAUUCGCAAUUGUGUUUCCUGUGCUCCUAUAAACUGCCAAGUUGCUGCUGUAACUGAAAGAAUCCAUAACUGCUCCAUGGAUCCUGUCUGGGAUUUCGUGCUUCUAUCUGCUUGUAGUUGUGGUCACAGCCAAUGAUGACUGUACUGACUUAGUUUCUCAGCCAAGAAUAAAAAUUGCAUCAUGA